GAUUAUUUUGUUUUGUUGGUUUUAUAGAAUCAUCGGAAGAAUAAUUGAAAUUUAGAUUGGUAGUUUAAAACAAUAUCUUUUAUUUUACUGAAAGAAACGGGUAUCGAGAUUGCAUUGAGUUUGUCACGAUUUUUUAAACAAAAUGUUUGGCUUCAACGUUUUCCACGAAAUUAGGAAUUUUAACGUAACUUACAGAUGCUUUUCUGUUUCUAUGUUACCAGGCAAUGAAAGGCAGGAUGUAGAAAGAGGAGGAAAAAUUAUAAUGCCCCCAUCAGCACUAGAAUUACUUACAAGAUUAAACAUUGAAUACCCUAUGAUUUUUAAAUUAACUAACAAAAAAAUGAAAAGGGUCACACAUUGUGGUGUGUUAGAAUUUGUGGCAGAUGAAGGCAAAGUCUAUCUGCCUCAUUGGAUGAUGGCAAAUUUGCUACUUGAAGAAGGUGCUUUAUUGCAAAUUGAAAAUGUGUCACUGCCUGUAGCAACUUUUUCUGGAUUUCAACCCCUUUCUGAAGAUUUUCUUGACAUUACCAAUCCUAAAGCAGUUUUGGAGAACUGUCUUAGAAAUUUCUCUUGCUUAACAACUGGGGAUGUGAUAGCUAUCAAGUAUAAUUCCAAGGUGUAUGAGUUGUGUGUAUUGGAGACAAAGCCAGGAGAUGCUGUUAUCAUCAUUGAAUGUGACAUGAAUGUGGAAUUUGCACCACCUGUUGGCUACAAAGAGGAAAGAGUUGUUUCUAAAGGAGAAAGUGGGAGUGAUGGAAUGGAUGAGGAUCCAGCUGCUAUGAUGCCAGAACCUAGUGGUUUUGUCGCAUUUAGUGGCGAGGGUAAUAGAUUGGAUGGUAAAAAGAAAAAACUCAUAAGUGAGAGUGAAUCAGAUCAUCAAGCUUCACAGUCUAGACAAACAUAUGAAAGGGGUAUACCUGAUUAUGAUUAUGUUAUUGGGACAUUGAAAUUCAUCAGAAAUUCACGGCCUCCAAGUGCCAAGGAAGAAGUACCAACUGAACCCUUCGAAGCGUUCAAAGGCGAAGGUUUCACUCUACGGACGACAAAAUCUAAGAACUGAAUAUGAAAAAUACUGAAACGUCAAUUUUUUUGUUUUGUACACCAAUAUUUUGUUAUAUCCUUGUAAACUCACAAUAGUCAUUUGAAUACAUAUAUUAGGAAAGGAAAACACUAAGUCUAAUUUGAAAUACAAGACUACAUAAAUAUUUGUAUUAAUAGCAUUUCUAAUUUCAUUUCACAUUAUAGACUUAUAAAUACAUAAAUGUAUUUAUUAAGUUGCCUUUGGUGAACAGCUAUUAUUGAGUUAUGAGGAAUGAUUUAUUGUAUAUUUCAUAAUAAUUUUAAAUAAAAUUAUCUU